ACCACAGAAAAAAUGCAGUGUUGAUUGUGGAGUCAUUGGACUGUGAUGUAUUUGUUUUCAUUCCUUCAGCGAUCGCAACAAAAUGGACUUUUUUGCAUAAGAUCGGAAGCGGCAAAAACUAAGGAGGAUUAAAUAUAUACGUUGGUUGGUCGAUGAAACGUAUAGUUUUACUCCGGCCGCUGAUUUUGUGAUGAAUCUAUUUGACCAAUUCCAAGGAGCAAAUGCAAAAAGCAGUAUUUUUGUGCAGGAAAUUGGAGCCCUUGAAGAUUCAAAAAGAUGAUUUUACUGGUGUUGUUCGUGUUUAUAUCCGUCUCAGAAGCUUCAAAUAUCGACGGAAAACCGCCUUCACAGGGCACGUUCAAUUACCUCACAAAGACACGUGAAUUCAUCGACAAGUCUUUGCUGAUCGAAUAUAUUUUAAAGAGCCGCAGGCACAUCUAUAUUGCGGCUCCGCCGAGUUUUGGCAAAUCCACCAACCUGCAGAUGCUCAAAGAAUUUUUCGCUUUGGAAGUGGACUCUAGCGGGAACUUCAUCGAUCCGGCAAAAAUUCUAAAAACGGAAGAGGACUUUCAAAGCACCCCGAGAAGAAGUAAAAACAGCCGGCAGAGCACCUCGACAGAGCGUGGCACUUUCAUCACCGACACCAAAGGUCAAUGUGUCUACGUAAACGUGUCAAAACCUAAUGACAGUUUUGGGCACCCCCUAAGGAACUACGAUACCUUCUCACAGCUGAAAAUACAUAAGAAGUCACCGAAACUUUUCAAGGCCCAGCUCGCUCGGUAUCCUGUCCUCUUGGUCAAUUAUGAAUCUCUUUCCACAAAAUCUUUCCAAGACUAUGUGCGUUCUUUUCGGUUAAUGAUUUCAAAGCUCUUUGAUCCAUUUUCGUACUUAUUGAAAAGAAACGUGCUGACCCAAGGUUCCAAGGACGAAUUCUCACUCUUUCAUGACCUCAAACUGAACAAAGAACUGUGCCUAGACGAGAUUAUCCUCGGAGGAGAGAGGCUGGUCCAUCUGUUAUCAAUUUAUCAUGACCGCAAGUCGAUAAUUCUCGUGGACAACUUCGAUGUGCCCAUUCGCAAGGCUCUUUUAGCGUCACAUCUCGAUGAAGAAAGCUUUCGGAGAAUCAUGUGGAGUACUUCCCAAUUCGUUGAAUUACUCAUAAAAAGCAGAUUCGUCUCCCGGAUUGUGGUAACCGGUAAUCUCAGAAUCAACGUCACAGAGGGAUUAGCGCACAUCUCCAUUCUCGAAAAUGAGCAAUUGUUUCGGUACUACGGACUAACGGAAGGAGAUAUAUCAAUACUCGCAAGAAGAUUUGACAAACAAAUAAACAUUACUGACGUCAAAAAUUGGUACGGCGGCUACACAGUAACGCGUGAGUGCCACAAUCUUUGCAAUACGCGGUCAACGCUGAGCUAUUUUGGAACAGGCGAGCUUAAGUUGUACCGAAACGAGUCUCAUAAGUUCGAAAAUCUAAAAAAAAUCUUCAACCACAAGAGUAUGAGGCGAAACGUUCAGAAUAAUACGAGGACAACGCUUGACACCGGAAAAAAGAUCGAACAGAGUCACCUCAAACAUCUAAGGUUGGCAAUCUUCAACCCUAAGCAAACUCUCACGAUUAGUGAUAAAGACCUGAUCUUACAGAUCCUCCUAGAUCAUGGCUUCUACAGUGUGAAAGACAAAAAUAGACUUUACGUGCCGAAUAUUGAAGCUAUGCUAGACAUAAAAAAAUUGCUCUAAAAUUUUCUAACUACACUUCUGCCGAACUAAAAAUCACCAACAAAACCGUUCAUAUUUAUGUCCCAGAGAUGCAUGGAGUUUCAUGAAAUUUCCUAUGCAAUUUCAUUUCGCUGAAAAGUGAAACUCUAUUAUCCAUGAAAUUCCGACGAUUUCAGGAGUUGCAUAUACAAUCUGGGACAGUUAUCAGAGAAUUCGAUAAAAAAAAAAAAAAAAAAAAAAAAAAAAAAAAAAAAAAAAUUUUUGGCUCACGAUAUUUUUCCUCAACAUUUCAAAAUGAAGAGUUUACUUUUUCUAUGCGUUUCAUGGGAUACUGCUUCUACUGCAGCUUUUUUAAAAAAAAUAGUUUUCUUUGUUUGCUCAAGUUUCAAUAAAUGUAUUUCAAAAAUUUUCAUGAAA